AUGACAUCAAAUAAUACAGGAGAAAAUGAUACAUCAGUAAUAUUUGGGACAAACGGUAUUUUUAUUCCUUCGACUUCACUUCAUCCCUCUACAACGACAUCAACAAAUAAUAAUAAUAAUAAUAAUAUUAACAAUAACAAUCAUUACGAACCAUUAGCCGGCGAUAUGCUUGAUGCUGAACUUGAUUCGGAUCCUCAAAUGUCCGAUAGUGAACUUUCAUGGCAAUCAGUAACUGAUGUUGAUAGUUUAACAGCUACAAAUCAUUGGCGUGGUUGGAAACAACAAACAAUAACAACAACAACAUCAUCCAUACCAAUAAAACAUAUUACACAUAAUUCAUCAUCACCAAUAAUUUCUUCAACAUUAUGUUUUUCUUCAUUAGAUACAUCAAAUGAAGAUCGAAUUCCUACAUUAGUUGAUUUAAGUGCAAAAACAAUUGCACAACAUAUACCAUUUGAAUUAGUUGAACGUUAUAAUCAACCUGAACAACCUGUACCAGAAAAUUUACAACUUAAAAUUGCUUUUUGGAGUUUUCCUAAUGGAAUUGAAGAUAUUCGUUUAUAUACAUGUGUUGCAAAUGGUAGUACUGAUGAAUUUAUUAAAGCUGAAACAUUACAACAAGCAAAAGCUGUACAAAAUAUGUUACAAAUUGGUUUUCAUUUAAGUGCACAAGUUUAUGAAAUAAAUUCAAUAACAAAUAAUACAACUAAAACAACAGCACAAUAUUAUCAUGUAUCAAUUAUAUUUGAUAGAAAAAAAAUAACAUCAUGUCAUUGUACAUGUAAUAAUUCAAGUUCAUGGUGUUCACAUAUUGUUGCUGUUUGUCUUUGUCGAAUAGCACAACCGGAGAAUUGUUGUCUUCGAGCACCAGUUUCGGAAUCAUUAUCAAGACUUAAAAUUGAUCAAUUACGGUAUGAAAUAUCUUCGAAUCGAUUCAAUUAUUUGAGUUGCUUUUAA